UUUGCGAUUUGACCAUCGUCACUGUAGCGAGGAUCGGGAGGCACAGCGGCGGAUUCCCUUAAGUGACGUCACAAAUUUACCAACACAGACGAACAACGAAAAGUGAACAACUUCUCCCGACACCAUGAUCCUGAUACACUUCUCCACUGUUUACUACUUGAUUCAUCGGAAUGUAUACACUUUGAUGUCAAAAAGAUUUUUAUAAAAUUUUAAAAUAAUAAAAUGGAACCCUUGGACGGCUGCCGCCUGUGCUUGGAUCCAUUUUCGGACAAUGCCAGCUCCCUGGAAAGUGAGGAUUUGCAAAAGCAAAUGCAACAAGUGUUCAGUUUUGCGAUUGAACCAAACGAGAAAUUGUCUACGAAAGUGUGCCAAAGUUGCACGUAUACAAUUUCCGAGUUUUACCAGUAUUCGGAGAAGGUUCGCGAAAACCAGGACAAACUGCUGGGACAUGCCAACGCUAGUGAGGAAUCUAAACCGGUCAUCGACGAUACCGUAAAGGUUGAGCCGUUGGAAGGAGAUGAAGGCUCGGAUGAUGAAGAUAGAGAUGCGGAUUGGAGUCCGGAGAAGAGACUGAAGCAGGAAUCCAGCGAAGAGAGCGAUGCGUUUAGUGAUGGAGAAAUCUUCGUGGAACAGCACGAGCCUCUGCCUGAGAGAAAACCUCGUCAAAAGCGGAAAGCCGAGACGAAGCCUCGACGGAAGAGGAAUACUGUUCAAGAACCGCAGGAGGAGGACGAGACUAAGCUGAAGAUGAGGCAGGAACGAGCGGAGACUGAUAAGCAGAUCAACCAGUUCUUCCUGAUGAAGUGUGAUAUCUGUGGAGUCGUUGAGGAGACGUUCCAGCAGCUGCGAGCACACUUCUGGAAGUAUCACGAAGUUCGAGGGUAUAUCGUGUGCUGCAAGAAGAAGUACAACAAGCGGUACGCGUUGCAGGAGCAUAUGUAUCUUCACGCGAAUCCGAAUGCAUUCCGAUGUGAGAUUUGUCAGAAGAACUACAAGAACAAGGUUACACUGGCACUGCAUAUGGUCAAGACUCACGCGAGCGAGGAAGAACGUCCGUUUAAAUGUGACCGAUGUACUCAGUCCUUCUCGAAGUCGUACAUGCUGAAGACGCACAUGUCCAGCCACGAGAAGGCUCAAUGUCCGAAAUGUGAAAAGCUGCUAGCUAACAAGUCCGCCCUGAGUGUUCACCUGAUCAACGUGCACAGCGACAUCGAUCGGCGUAUGAUCUGCGACUCGUGCGGGCAGGAAUUCCUCAACAAGGUCUGCUUCGAGCGGCACGUCAAGGAGCACGCCGGAAUCGAGGUGGUCAAGAAGCUGCAGUGCCACAUCUGCCAAAAGUGGCUCCGCGGCGAGCGAGGUCUCCAGAAGCACCUCCAAUUUACGCACUACGAGCGCGACCAGACGCACAUCUGUGACGUGUGCCAGCAGCAGUAUCCCAACUCGAGGGCGCUGUGGAGCCACAAGCGGACGGUUCACAUUGCGGAAAAGUUCGAGUGCGAAUUUUGUGGGAAGCGCUUCAAGCGGGCCAGCAACCUGAAGGAACAUCGAACUAUUCAUACUGGGGAGGUGCUUUAUUCGUGCGAUUACUGCGGCAGCACCAUGAACUCCAAGGCCAACCUGUACACGCACAUCAAGAAGAACCACCCGAUGGAGUGGGCCGAGAAGAAGCAGCGGACAGCGGAGGCGAGUGCGCCGAAGACGACCACCGAAAUGGCCCUCCGGAAGCGCUUCCCGCAGUACUCGCACUCGUGCUUCUGCUCCGCAUGCGUCACCGAUUUGUGCUGCCUCAAGGCGGCCGAAUUCGGCGCCACUUUGCCACAUAUCGGGCACACAAACUGCUCGCCGGACUCCGUGUGCUGUGUCUUGAUGUGCUGCCGCAAACCCACGCUGCCAAGCCACUGUGCGAAGAAUAAGCAAACUUCAAGUUUUGAUAAAAUUAGGCACCGACAGGGGACGCAACGCAACAAAAAACCUGGUCCCACCAUGGACCUUGGGGAGCACGUAUGCCGGUUGUGUCUGCGGAACCUGACGACGCCGACCAGCACUUCGAUCGAGGAUUCCAAAAUCCGGUGCAAGCUGGACGCGGUGUUUAAUUUUCCCAUAACUUGCAACGAUGAGGAGUCGUUGCCGUCGCGCGUGUGCUCGGACUGUUCCCUGCGGGUCACGGACUUUCACGAGUUCUCGGAAACGGUUCGAUCGAAUCAGGACCAGCUGAAGGCUCGCAAGCGGGCCGUGGUUUCACUGGAUGGGGAGAUCGUGGAGUCGCUGCUGAAGCAGGAACCGGUGGCCAUGGAGGAGGACAACGAUGACUUUGGGUCGGAUGGGGGCGGUGGAGGAGAGAUUGGGGAUGACCUUGAGGACUCGUUCAACGUGAAGGUGGAGAUGGACUCGCCGGACGUGGACGACAGCGACGACGAUCAGGACGAGUACAAACCUCCGGCGAUUGUGAAGAAGAAGGUGGGAAGGCCCCGGAAGUACCCGAAGGAGAAUGGAGAUAUUGACGAGUCUGGUAAUGGUCAGCUGAGUCCGGAGAAGCGCCAGAGGCGUGCGGAACAAGACAAGCUGAUUUCGGAUUUCUUCCCGCUCAAGUGCGAACCGUGUUCGGAAUCGUUUGAGGGCUUCCUUGAGUUUAAGCGACACACUCGCAAGACGCACAACCGAGCUGUGGAGUUUAACUGCUGUGGAAAGGAGUUGUCUCGUCGAGGGGACAUUCUGAACCACAUUGCGGUCCACACCAACAGCAAGUUCGAGUGUGACAUUUGUGGGAAAAAGUUCUCCCGUUUUUACUGUCUUCAGGCUCACCAGCAACUACACGGAUCUUCCGAUAAGCCCUUCAAAUGCGGCCAGUGUGACCGCAGUUUUAGCAAGAAAAACUUCCUAGUUACGCACCAGAAGAUGCACCGUGACCAGCAGUGUCCAAUCUGUCUGGAAACCAUCAUCGGUGAAAACAGUGCCAGUCUGCGGAAGCACAUCGCCGAGAAGCACGAGUCCCAGGACCCGACCAAACCCAACGAGGCCAAACUGAUCUGCGCGACCUGCGGCAAACAGUACAGCUUCCUCAGCCGUAAAGCCUUCUCGCGGCACGUGAAAAAGCACACCGGAGAAAUUGCCGAGGAGCGCGUUCAGUGCCACAUCUGCUCGCAGUGGCUCAGCUGCAAGACGUACCUUAAGAUCCACAUCGACACCCGCCACAACGAGGAGGACACGCGCAUCGAGUGCGACGUCUGCCACCAGGUUUACCCCAACCGGAAGUGCUUGAUGACGCACAAGCAGCGGGUUCACAUCGAGGAGAAGUUUGCGUGCGAUCUGUGCGAGCGCAAGUUUAAGCGACGGAUCAACCUGAUUGAGCAUCGUGCGGCGAAGCAUACCGGCCAGACGCUGUACUCGUGCGAGGAUUGCAGUAUGGUUACGAACUCCAACGCCACGCUGUACGCGCACCGGAAGAAGAAGCACCCGGAGAAGUGGAUGGAGGAGAAGGCCAAGGCAGCGGCCGGGGUGAUCAUUUAGGUGGGCGUUUUGUCAGGUGGUUUGUCGAUCGAUUGAAAUAAAGUAAAUUUGAAGAAAUUUAAGGAAAAAAAA